AUGCACGAGGCAGCUUCGUCGCGACUGUCAGAAGCCAUUGCACUGUUAGAAAAGACCGGUGUACCCAUCGAACAGGAGAGUAACAAUGGGACCACUCCCUUGCACAAUGCUAUUCGACGUGGCCAUCGUGCUGCGGUGAAACGGCUCCUGGACCUUGGCGCGAACGUGAACACUCAAAAUAACAAGGAGAUUGGGACACUCGAAUUGGCGACGAAUUCAAUGGAUAUGAUCAAAUUGCUUCUGCAAUAUGGUGCGGAAAUUAACCAAAAGUCCCGUCAAGGAUUCACAUUGAUGCACAAGAUGGCCAAACAGCGGUACGACGACGCGACGAGAGACGCAUUUUUCAAGCUCGUCAAGCUUGGGAUCAACAUCGACACUCGUGACAAUGAAGUUUAUACAGCAGUUCAUACCGCAGCAAAAAGUAAAAACGCCCAGCUCAUGGAGCUUUGUAUUGAUGGCGGCGCGGAUAUGGAGAUUAUGAAUGACGCUGGUUGGACGCCCCUAAUGACUGUAUGCCACCGCCAGUUUCUUGACGGUGUCAAAUGUCUGCUAGAUAGAGGAGCUGAUGUCCACGCUACUGUGAAUGGUAGUGCAACCGGCGACGCUGCACUUGAUAUCGCGGUGCGUGCGGGAAAACCAGGGAUUGUAACAGCUCUAUUGCGUCAUGGUGCGGAUCCAGCGAGCGUAAGGGGCGAGGCCAAUGCAAAGUGUGCUGACGUUCUUCGUAAAUGGAAAUCGGGAAGCCGUCGCUCCUAG